AAAGGUUGGGAGCUGAAAGAUUAAACCUCUUUGGCUGCAACUGCCUCAGGAGUUUGUAGCAAAGAACUACAUUGUCUUCAAACAAUCAGCCAUCAUGACUCACCAGUUUCCAGCACUGUCUGCAGAGCAGAAGAAGGCCCUUUUCGAAACUGCUCAUAAGAUUGUGGCUUCAGGGAAGGGGAUCCUUGCAGCAGAUGAGUCUGUGGGUACAAUGGGUAGCCGGCUGCAGAGAAUCAAUGUGGAGAACACUGAGGAAAAUCGCCGUGCCUUCCGAGAAAUCCUCUUCUCUUCAGAUGCCUCCAUCAACCAAAGUAUUGGCGGCGUGAUCUUCUUCCAUGAGACCCUCUAUCAGAAGGACAGCAGUGGAAAGCUAUUUCCAGCUGUCAUCAAGGACAAGGGCAUUGUGGUUGGAAUAAAACUGGAUAAAGGCACGGCCCCUCUGGCAGGAACCAAUGGAGAAACCAGCAUUCAAGGGCUGGAUGGGCUUGCUGAGCGCUGUGCCCAGUACAAGAAGGAUGGGGCUGACUUUGGAAAGUGGCGUGCAGUGCUGAAGAUCACUGACACCACCCCCUCCCAACUCGCCAUCCAGGAAAAUGCCAAUACGUUGGCACGCUACGCCAGCAUCUGCCAACAGCAUGGCCUUGUGCCCAUUGUGGAACCAGAGAUCCUCCCUGACGGAGACCAUGACCUCCAGCGCUGUCAGUACGUCACUGAGAAGGUCCUGGCUGCUGUGUACAAGGCCUUGAAUGACCAUCACGUCUACUUGGAGGGGACACUUUUGAAACCCAAUAUGGUGACUGCUGGGCAUUCCUGCUCCAAGAAGUACACCCCUCAGGAGGUAGCCAUGGCUACAGUCACUGCCCUCCUCCGCACUGUUCCUGCUGCUGUUCCUGGAAUCUGCUUCUUGUCUGGAGGCCAAAGUGAAGAGGAAGCAUCUAUCAACCUCAAUGCCAUCAACCUCUGCCCCCUGCCUAAACCCUGGAAGCUGACCUUCUCCUAUGGACGGGCUCUGCAGGCGUCUGCACUGGCUGCAUGGUCAGGGAAGUCUGCAAACAAGAAGCCUGCGCAAGAGGCAUUCUGCAAGCGAGCUCAGAUUAAUGGUUUAGCUUCCAAAGGACAAUAUGUCACCUCUGGGAAGAGUGACAUGGCUGCCAUGAAGUCACUCUUCACUGCCAGCUACACCUACUAGAGUGCAGGACUGCACAGGCACCCGAUCCUUCCUUGAGAAAAAAUGUCCCAGGUCUCUCAAAGAAAAUAGGCUCAUCUGAUCCAUACAUUCCAGUGAAGUAGGACCAGUCCUGGGGACUUCAGCCACUACUGACAUAGAUUAAUCAAUCAAAGUACCCAUGCCCCCUUUCCAAAGGGGCGGCUUUUUAAUUUGCUCCCAAUUAAACCCAUCUCUUUAACUGCCCGUCAGUUAAGGAGACAGACAAGAGUUUCUAAUUCAUACUAUCAACUUUCUUUACUCCCUUACAAAAAACCACAGGCCCCUUCCAAAAUCAGACAAGACAGAUGGAAACAGUGCUUGGGGGUCCUGUAUUAUACAAUCUGUUGUUUUCAAGCCAUGAGCUGUGAAUAAAGUAUCUGCAACCAGGUAA